GCCUAUUUAAGGUCCGGUGCAGCGGCGGUUGCCGUCCUGCUAGGUCCUGUGGCGGAGGAGGGGGUGGGACUUUACCGUGAACGGUUGAUUUUCAGCGUUGUUGGUUCCGUUCGAGACUCCGACGGUCGCAAUGGCCCGUGGAAACCAGCGGGAACUUGCCCGUCAGAAAAACAUGAAGAAAACACAGGAGAUUAGCAAGGGAAAGAGAAAAGAAGAUAGCUUGUCUGCCUCCCAGAGAAAGCAGAGGGAUUCUGAAAUCAUGCAACAAAAGCAGAAGGCUGCUAAUGAGAAGAAAUCUCUGCAGACAGGUGAAAAAUGAUCCACAGUAAUUUGAAGAACAAGGUGGAUCACAGGAUCUGAAAUCAAGAGUUUGUAGAGUGACCAGCCAUUAAAUAUCUAACAAUGUAUCAUAUCCUUAGGCUUGUUUACUUCCUACUUAUUUCUUUUUAGUCCAUGAUAACUUAAGAUGCAUGGUAUAGAAUAGUUCUAAAAAAUGGAACAUUUCUUCAUGCUUAUAAAAGUGAUAGAAAUUAAUGAAUCUCUGUGGUUCAUAUUAAUAUCUAGAAUUGUGUAGAUAAGUUAUUUGAUACUAGACUUUAAGCUUCAAAUUUUCAUCCUUUCUGUAGUAUCCUCAUGAUAUGUUAACUUUUUGUCUGAAGUAAGUCAUUAAGAUCCAUUAUAAUUUUUUCUAUUGGAUUUAUAAAAGUCAAGUUUUCAUGUAACUUUUUAGAGCAUGUUUUGCAUGAAAUAUAUAAAUAUGACACUUCUCUGAUUAGUAAAUAAAUGUUUUAACAACAGCAA